GACGGACUGGCACGAAUUCCUCAGCGCUCCUCAAAUUUCUUGAAAUCACGGACCUCCUGCUCGCCUCCGUCCCGACAAACACCCAGACCAGCUUCCCCCUCUACAUCCGAGCACACAUCCGAGCCGAGCAGCGUUUACAAAAAAAGAAAAGAUGUUGCGAAGUGUCGCCGUGCUCCUUCUGCUCGCCGUGGCUGUCUCUAACGCUGAGGAGCUGCAGAGCAAGAGCAAAGUGUGUGCCAAUGUGUUCUGUGGGGCCGGCAGGGAGUGUGCUGUGACAGAGAAAGGGGAGCCCAGCUGUCUGUGUAUAGAGAGCUGUAAGCCCCACAAGAGGUCAGUGUGUGGCAGCAACGCUAAGACCUACAGGAAUCACUGCGAGCUCCACAGGGAUGCUUGUCUGACUGGCUUGAAGAUCCAGGUGGCCCACGACGGACACUGCCACGAGAAGAAAGCAGAGCAGGCAGCUGCCAGCCCAGUGGUUUGUUACGCUGCUGACCGCAACGAGCUCAGGGGUCGUGUGAUCCAGUGGCUGCAGACUGAGGUUGUCCCAGACGGCUGGUUUGUCAAGGGAUCCAACUUCUCCGACAUCCUGCUCAAGUACUUCAAGUCGUACGACAAUGGUGACUCUCAGCUGGAUUCCUCAGAGCUGCUCAAAUUCAUCCAGCAGAAUGACUCUGUUGUGGAGAUGCAGUCCUACGCAGACCAGGAGAGCAACAAGCUGCUCAGGAGCCUGUGUGUUGAUGCCCUCAUUGAGCUCUCUGAUGAGAACGCCGACUGGAAGCUGAGCUUUGAUGAGUUCCUCAACUGUCUGAAACCUGGUUUCAAUCCACCAGAGAAGAAGUGUGCCUUGGAAGAUGAGACAUAUGAGGACGGAGCAGAGACCCAGGUGGAGUGUAACAGAUGUGUGUGUGCAUGCGGCAACUGGGUCUGCACUGCUAUGACCUGCACUGACAAAACAGCAGCUGUGGAUGAGUCAGCAGACGCUGGGGCAGAGAUGACUGAGGAGGAGUGGAACCUGCGUGUGGCUGAGCUCAACAAACACCAGGAAACAGUUGAGAAAAUGAAGUCCAGCACAAAGGAGGCCUAAAUAAGGACGCAAUGAAGGAGAGGAUGCUCGUCAUCACCCUUCCUCCAUACUUGAUUUACCUUGCGGCCAUGUGUUGUUAUUAGACUGACUUUUUCAUGUUUCUCUGCUAUGUUAAUUAUUAUACAUUUUUUACAAUGUCUUAAGUGUUUGUGUUGAUGUUUGUUAGAUUCGGGGGCUAUCAAAGAGUAUUAUAGGAUUCCCUUGUGUUCAGUACUGUCAUAUUUGAUUGUAUUACUGCGCCUCUACACUAGCCCCGGGGCUAUUUUUACUACAAUCCUUAUAUUUUUACAGUUAUUAUGAGAAAAAAAAAGAGUCAAGUUGUCACUGUUUGGGAAUAUGGACGUCAUUGUUUGAGAAAGUAGUGAAGUAUGAGCAAGAAGAAUCCACCUGUUGAUAUGAUGGAGCUUUGGAAGACUACUUGACACCUGGUGCAGCACGUUUCUCCACACUCUCAGAGGUUUUCAAUCAACAGGAGCUGGGAUAAGGGGGUAAAGCUACUUGUGAUUUUGUUGCCAUUUAGAACUGCCACAGUAGGCCACUACUUGACCAAUGCACUUCUCUUUCUUUUGCUCAAGCUUUCUUAGGCUUUAGUUUAGCACACAUCUGUUUGUAUCUUAUUGCUAAAGUAAUCAUUUUGCUGCAAAAUUGUUUGCUUCUGUGUACAGUAUGUUAUUGGCUUGAGUUGGAACUCAUCUUGUUCCCAUGUUAUGCUCAGGCAAGUCUCUCUGGUGCUUUUUAUGAUUUUUUUUUCUGGUUAAACAUGUCUCUGUCUGUGUCUAAAAUUUCCGAGACAAAGACAUAGUGGUCCAGCUUUCAGUGUGGAGCAGCACAACUGCACCCAGGUGAGACCUGAUCCUUGAAAAUAGCAUGAUGAAAACUGAAACCAAAGUCUUGAUGAAGUGUUUGAAUGAUGUACAAACUUCUCCAGGUAAAACAUUACUCUGGACCCAGCAACAACACUAUACCUGCUAUACCUGUGCUUUCAAAAUCACUAACAGAAGGACUAGCCUCGCUGUCAGCUACAGUAGCGUAGACGCAUCAAUAACUGGGUGCAUAUAAAUUGUGUGUUUGUGUGUGCAUGAUUGUGUGUGUGCUGUUAAAGUGUGAUGCUGAGAGUUGUCUGGUUUGUUAAAUGUGUGUUUUUUGUUAAAUCCUGUAUCUUAAUUGGGAGGAUUGACAAUAAGAAUCAGUGCCUUAGACCUGCAAAAAAUAUAGGUCUCUACUUUUGCCUGCACGUAGGCUUUUAUGCCUCGUCGCGUAGAAAGAAUGAGUGUGCUUUCCUGAAGUUUAGCAGUAAACUAGUGCUUUGUGACUCUAUCCCUGAUAAAUGUCUGUGUGAAAGUUGCAUUACUAGGUUCAAGCUAAAUCUUUAUAUUCCACUAAAAGUGCAGAGACUGUAAGGAAUACGUAUGUAUGCCAAUAAAGCCCAUACACCACAACA